AUGCGCUCAGCAAGUACCUUACGUGGGAUCCUUUCAAACUGCUUCACGACAGUACGAGACACAGGUGGAGCAACGGUAGCCCAUGCCAAAGCGACCGAGGAAUUUCUGAUACCUGGUCCGAGAGUGUUCCAGGGAGGCCGUAUGCUCUCGCACACAGGUGGACAUGGGGAUAAUGCAGACAUAUGGAGUGAAGGCAGUGGCCUGGCUCCACAUACUUCGUGCUGCGGAGGCAUCGAUCCUUCUGCCUUGGGCAGAGUUGUUGAUGGCGUUGAUGAGUGCAUACGAGCAACUCGGGAGGACAUGAGAAAAGGAGCAAAUCACAUCAAGAUCUGCACAUCGGGCGGUAUCGCAUCAGAAACGGAUCCAAUUGACAGCAUCCAAUUCAGCAUCGAAGAACUGAAAGCCAUUACCAGUACCUGCGCAAAUAUGAAAGGGACUCUUGUAACGGCCCAUUGCUAUACGGUUCCAGGUAUACUACACGUAAUCGAGGGAGGCGUUCGUAGAAUUGAGCAUGGGAAUAUGCUCGAUGCACCAACUGCAGCAAUCAUGGCUGCUAAAGGAGUUUUCCUAACACCAACACUCGCCCUUCACACUUUCGUCACUAUGCCGCCUUAUGACAACUUCGAAACUCCUGAAGGACUACGCAAGAACGCCAUUGUGGGAAACGUAGAAGUUAAAGCCAUUCGUACUACUGAGGACGCUGGUGUUGUAGUGUGCUACGGGACAGAUACAACCGGCCCCACAUUGGUGAUGCAGACCUACGAAUUUGUCGUACGCUCCAAAAUCUUGCCCAGUCCAAUCGUGCUUAACGAACAUGGGGACAAAAGUCCGUGCGCGACAAUUAAUGGUGCCAAGCAGGUUGGUAUGGAAGGCAAGCUGAGCGAGUUGAUUCCGGGUGCUUUUGCGGAUUUGAUAUUCCUGAGGGAAGACCCACUUGAGGAUGUCGCAAGCCUGGAUCGAAUUGAUGAGAAUUUGGCAUUGAUCAUGAAAGAUGGGCGCAUUGUGAAAAGUCAAUUGAAUGGUAUAAGGAUCGAAAGAGCUUGUGCUUGGGAUUGA